UGCGUGUGGAUGAAAGAGCCAAAAAGUGUUAGAAGUUGGCGGAGACUUGAAGGAUAAGAUGUGGAUUGGCGGACGUGAAAGAGAGCAGGACGGGACUGUUUGGGGAAAAAAACGAGAUUAUGACUUGUGAAGAAGAACAUUGUGGACCGAACACGACCUGCUGGACCUGACGGGAACCAUGAAGUCCAGAAGUCAGGACCAGAGUUUGUCAGAGUCCACCGAACUGGACCGAUCCUACGACCUCCUCACAGGUAACCCGCCAUCCAAACCGAGUAAGAAGAGCAUAAAGCAACGACUCCUCAAGCUGCUGCCGUGCUACCACUCGGGCUCCAGCCUGUCCGUCAAUCAAAGCAACGAGAGCGACGACGUCGAGCUGUCAGCUGUGCGCUGCCGACCUGAAGCACUUGAACGUCUGGUGGAGCAGACCAACUUCAGCAAGAAGGAGCUGCAGGUUCUUUAUCGAGGAUUCAAAAAUGAGUGUCCCAGUGGUGCUGUGGAUGAAGAAACUUUCAAAAACAUAUACUCUCAGUUUUUUCCUCAGGGAGAUACAAAUAUGUACGCACAUUUCCUCUUUGAAGCUUUUGAUGCGCACAGCAGUGGAUCUGUCAGCUUUGUGGACUUUGUGUUAAGUCUGUCCAUCAUCCUGAGAGGCUCCAUCAACGACAAACUCAACUGGGCCUUCAACUUGUACGACCUCAACAAAGAUGGCUGCAUCACUAAAGAGGAGAUGACAGACAUCAUGCAGUCCAUUUACAACAUGAUGGGCAGGUACACGUUCCCCUGCAUGAGGGACAGCGCCCCCAAGGACCACGUGGAAACCUUCUUCCAGAAGAUGGACAAGAACAAUGACGGCGUGGUCACCAUCGAGGAGUUCUUAGAGACCUGCCACAAGGAUGAUAACAUCAUGCAGUCCAUGCACAUGUUUGAUAACAUCAUCUAAGUCUCACUGGACUCCAACUAGAAGCUUCCUCCAACUCAGUGCUGCAACAUUUUAAACGUGCGUGUGUGUGUGUGUGCGUGCGCGCGUGUUCUUGUAUUUCUAACCUUCUUGAGACAUCAACAAGAAAAGACCGAAAUCAUGGUCCCAAUACAGAAAACCAUUGCAUCUAAUAGAGAAUGACUCAUUUGCACCCCUGGUGGUGAAAUCUAUCAAAAUUAGGGUGGUCCCAAAAAGGAGGGAUUUUUCAAAUUGACUGUGUGUCUGUUUUAAAAGUGCUCCCCUUCUGGUCAACAUAUGAAAUAACAAGUAUGUAUCAAAAUUUUAAGUGCUCCCCCUCUGGUCAACAUAUGAAAUAACAAGUGUGUGUAAAAAUUUGAAGGGCUCCCCCUUUGGCCAACAUAUGAAAUAACAAGUGUGUGUAAGAAACAUUUAAAUACGCCCCCUUUGGCUAAAAUGUAUUUAAAAAAUAAAAUAAAUAUGUAUAUAGAGACACUGUAAUAACUUGUGUGUGUGUGUGACUAAUCUAAUAAAUUGGAGCAUUUUGUAACACAACAUUGACAACAAACAAGCAAAGACAGUGAAGCUGUAAACUAACAUUUAUAAUCAUUUAGUAGGAGCUUGUACAAAAUAAACGCACCGUAGUAGUAAACAUAAAGGGGACCUCUUUGCUCUUUUCUGACCUUUACUGUAAUUGUUGUUACAACGUUGGAUACCAGUGUUAAACAAUGUCAACGCAUCAAAUCACAAGGUUCUUUCAUUUUGGUGCGAGCCUGCACGCAGUUUUACAACUUGUUGUGAGGAAAUACAAAGAAAGGUAGGUGUUAUUUCCAUCUAAUGGUGGCAUGCAGUGACAUAAAUGCUGCUAAAACAGAUGUUUUGACGCAGCAAUGUGCAUAACACAAUGUUGUGACCAGGUGAAUCUGUAUAUCGUUUAUAAAGUUUAUUUUCAAAAAUAGCGCUGAUGUUUGUCUUCAAGAUAUAUGUCUAACAAUUACAUUUUCAAAAGUUAAAGUUUCAUUGACCACAUUUGACAUUAUUAUUACCUGCUCAUUUUACCUGCUCUUUCAACUGUUUAUCAUCUACUCUUCCAUGCAACUUCGCUACUGCACUUGUACUCCUCAAUACCAAGAUUCAAAUAAAAAGGGAAAAGGUGAAAAAUAAAAAUUGUUGAGAAAUGUGUGUGUGUAAACUGAAAUGUCAGAGGGUUUUUGUGUAGUUGUGGUAAGUUCCUUGGAUCUGAAGAUCAG